AGAGAGAGAGAGAGAUGGAAAAAAUGCCACUGCUUACUCCACUCGAGAUGGGCAGAUUCAAUCUCUCUCACAGGAUGGUUUUGGCGCCAUUGGGAAGAUUAAGAUCGUAUGAUAACGUGCCUCAACCACAUGCAAUAUUAUACUACUCUCAGAGAACUACAGAGGGGGGUCUUCUCAUUAGUGAAGCAACAGCCAUUUCAGAGACUGCUAGAGGCUACCCUCAUACUCCAGGUAUUUGGACCAAGGAGCAAGUUGAGGCUUGGAAACCAAUUGUGGACGCUGUGCAUGAUAAGGGUGGGAUCUUCUUCUGUCAAAUUUGGCAUACAGGGAGAGUUUCAGAUUAUGGCUAUCAACCAAAUGGCCAAGCUCCAAUCUCCUGCACAGACAAGCCACCAUCACCUACAGUCUUGUAUGAUGAUAUCAUCAAAGAAUACUCCCCUCCAAGACGCUUAACAAUUGAUGAGAUCCCUCAAGUCAUCGACGAUUUCAGAAUAGCUGCAAAAAACGCCAUUGAAGCUGGUUUCGAUGGAGUGGAGAUUCAUGGUGCCCACGGCUACCUCAUCGAACAGUUCAUGAAAGACAGUGUCAACGAUCGAGCAGAUAAAUACGGUGGUACCCUAGAAAACCGCUGUCGCUUCGCUCUAGAAGUAGUCGAAGCCGUUGCCGACGAGAUAGGAUCUGAUCGAGUGGGGAUCAGGCUUUCGCCCUUUUCAGACUACGAAGAUUGCUAUGACUCUGACCCUGAAGCUCUAGGACUCUACAUGGUUAACUCACUGAACAAAUACGGUAUUGUAUACUGUCAUGUCGUUGAGCCAAGGAUGUGUGUUGUUGAGGGCCGGUACCAGAUUCCUCAUCGAGUAUUUCCAAUGAGGGAGGCUUUUUCCGGAACUUUCAUCGCCGCCGGAGGUUAUGAUAGGGAGGAGGGGAACAAGGUGGUGGCUGAGGGGUAUACUGAUCUCGUGGCUUAUGGGAGGUUGUUUUUAUCUAACCCUGACUUGCCUAAGAGAUUUGAGUUGAAUGCUGACUUGAAUGAGUACGAUAGGUCUGCCUUUUAUACUCAUGAUCCUGUUGUUGGAUACACAGAUUACCCAUUUCUUGAACAGACUUGUUAGAUUUCUGUGAUAUGGGUUCUCUGACCCUGUUUUUGGAUAUAAAGAUUACCCAUUUCUUGAAUAAAGUUGUUGGGACUUGAAUAUAACGGCAAUGGAAUUUUUAUGUCUUCGCUGACAAAUGGUUGAAAAUUUGUAAUAUGACUUU